AUGGACAAGGACGCCGCGACGGGCCGAGAUCCCAACGCUCAGAUGCCGCACCGCAUCCACAGGCUUCUUACAUCUGUGCUCAGAAAGAGCGGCUCGGGCGUGCAGAACAAGCGAAACAUGUCUUUCCAAACCUCCCAAGAGCGGGACAAGCCGGUGGAAACCUUUCAGCACACGAUCGAAUCGUGGAAGAAGGGGGGCCUCGACCUGUGGUACUCCGCGCCGGGAUCCACGGUGCAUUGCAACUACUGUCAAACUCCGUUGCCGCAGCAAUGUGGCACGCUUCAGGGCUGUCCGGAGCGAUCCCAAUUUGCGCAGCUGUUGUUCAUGUGCCAACAAUGCAGCUCGGACCCGCUGAAAAUACAGUGGUGUUUGGACCAGCUGAAUAGCUGA